AUGGCAAGCUUGAUUACCAUCUUGCUUCUCUGUGCUUGUAUCCGAGGCUCGGAAGCGGAUGUAGGCUACAAGAAAGUGAUUUCGUCUCUGUUAAAAAUAGUUUUGCUGUGUGGAAAACAAGGCAUAGCGUUUCGUGGUCAUCAUGAUGAUUGUUUCAACUGGGAGGAUACUGAGUAUGAACACUCAAACCCAGGGAAUUUCAUUGAGCUUGUAUGCUUUAGGGCUGAAACUGACAAUAUUCUCUCUGAACAUCUCAAGAACUCACCAAGAAAUGCUAGAUACACAUCCAAAACGAUUCAAAACGAAUUGAUUGAAGUGGUUGGAAAGUACAUCUGCAACGAAAUCAUAGCAGAGGUAAAGAAGAGCAAAUACUACACUGUCAUUGUUGAUGAAGUCACUGAUAUUUCAAACAAAGAGCAGCUCUCAAUUUCCCUUCUCUUCGUUUAUUAUGGUACUGUGAAGGAAGUAUUCAUUGCCUUUGUCUUAGUAGAAAGGAUCACAGGAAAGAAUUUUGCUGCAGCAAUUUUAAACUGGAUACAGACAGUUGGAUUGUCACCAAGUGAUAUGCGAGGGCAGUGCUACGAUGGAGCCAGUAAGAUGUCUGGAGCAAGAUCAGGAUGUAGUGCUGUUAUUCAACAGCAAGCUCCAAAGGCUGCCUAUUUCCACUGUGCUGCUCAUCGAUUGAAUCUUGCUGUAGUGUCUGCAUGUAAGAUCCAAGCAUUCAUGAAUGUUGAGGCAUACAUCGGAGAAAUUGUGAGGUUCUUCGCAUUCCCUCCCAAAAGGCAACGACUGUUUGAUAAGACAAUGGAUAAAUUCCUUCCAAAAGCCAAGGCCCGAAAGCUCAAAGACGCCUGUAGAACAAGGAGGGUUCAACGUAUUGAUUCGUACACAGUCUUUCUUGAGUUGUUACCGGCACUUCACACAUCUCUGCAAGCUUUGGUUUCUCCAGGACAACACAAAGACUUUGGUACUGAUUGGGGCUGGGAUGGCAAUACAAUCACAAAGGCGAAAGGCUAUCUGUAUCAGCUUCAGUCGCCUUCUUUCUUACUUUGCUUCAAGAUUCUCCUUGAAAUUUUGCAAUGUCUCAAAGGCCUCACAGGCAAGCUUCAAAUGAAAGCAUCUGAUGUUAUGUAUGCCUACAAGCAGGUUCAGUCAGUACGUUUAAUCCUACAGAAAAUGAGAGAGGACUGUGUCCAAGAAUUCAAUAAAAUCUUUGCCGAAAGUCUUAAGUUAGGACAAGAUCUCCAUGGUGAAGAUUUUGAGUUGAUCAAACCGCGCAUUGCAAGGUGA